AUGCACAAAGAAGUUGCUCAUAUCCCCAAGCAAAUAUGUUCCCUUUCAAAAUUCUCUUCUGCUUUUUACACGCCUGCAAAAGUAAUAAAAACGUCUUUUUUCUUUCUUGCGUUCUCUUUCUUGUUUAUUUUCUUUCUUUCUUUUUUUCUUUGUUUUAUUCGUUUGGUUUCGCGCGGUUUUUCUGUUUUGUUAUUUAAUAUUUACUUUCUUUCUAUUGUUUUUCGUUCAUUCUCUGAAAUUUUGAUUUUUCUCUUCUUCUUUAUUCUCUCUUUCUUGCUUGCUUGCUUUAUUUCUCCUUUUCACUUUUUCUUGCUUGCAUUCUUUGUCAUAGAUAAUCCUAUAAUUCUUAAACAUUUUUUCUUCUUUCUUUCACUUUGUUCCGGUUACUUUUCCUUUCCUUUCUUCUAUAAUCUCCUUCCUUUUAAUUCAGCUUUUCGCUUUGUCUUAUUUCCUUCAAAUAUUUAA